AUGCGCGCGUUGGCGACCACCCUCCUCCCCCUUCUCCUUGCGGCUACGGCUCUCGCCAUCCCUGCCGGCGAUCAGGUCUUCCUCGGCGACCUCUCCCGCGCCACCAAGGACUUGAAGCAUGCCGCUCAGAGCAUCUACAAGGGCGAACAGACCAUCAUGCGCUGGGUCGACCAGGGCAAGGAGUUCAUGAAGCAGCACGACAUAACUUAUGAGCUUGUCUCCCACCCUGCCUUUGGCGAGCACUCUCUCCGCAUGACCGAGCCCACGCUCUGCGACUCCUCUGUAAAGCAGGCGUCCGGCUAUCUCGACAUUGCAGACGACAAGCACCUCUUCUUCUGGUUCUUCGAGGCCCGCAACCAGCCCGAGGACGCUCCCCUCGUCCUCUGGCUCAACGGCGGCCCCGGUUGCUCCUCCACCACCGGUCUGCUCUUCGAGCUCGGUCCGUGCAGGAUCGGCACCGACGGCAAGAACGUCACCCACAACCCCCACUCGUGGACCGAGUCCGCGAACGUCAUCUUCCUCGACCAGCCCGUCAACGUCGGCUACUCGUACGCCGAGGGCAGCACUUCCGUGAACACGUCCCCCGUCGCCGCCGAGGACGUUUACGCCUUCCUCGAGCUCUUCCUCGCCCGCUUCCCCAAGUUCCAGAGGACGUCCUUCCACAUCGCCGCCGAGUCCUACGGCGGCAUGUACGCGCCCGCGAUUGCCUCCGCCGUGCACCACAACAACCUCGCGCUCGCAAAGUCUCCCGCCGGCGCUGCGCCCGGGCUCGUGCACAUCAACCUCGCCUCGAUCAUGAUCGGGAACGGGAUCACCGACCCGCUCGUGCAGAUGGCGAGCGUGCCCGACGCCGCCUGCGACGGCGAGUUCCCCGUGUACGACGACCCCGACGGCCCGCAGUGCCAGGCGCUGCGCACCAAGGUCCCCACCUGCCAGCGCCUCAUGAAGGCGUGCUACAACUUCGACUCCAAGUUCACCUGUGUCCCCGCGCUCAUGUACUGCAACAGCCAGCUCAUGGGCCCCAUCGUCCAGACCGGCCGGAACAUCUACGACGUCCGCCGCUCGUGCGACCGCUCCAAGGACGGUGACCUGUGCUACAAGGAGUUGCAGUGGAUCGACACAUGGAUGAACUUGCCUGCGACGAAGAAGGCGCUCGGCGUGAACCCCGCACUCGACUUCGCGUCCUGCAACAUGGAGGUCAACCAGGCGUUCGCACUCCAGGGCGACGGUGCACGCAACCGCGCCAAGCUCCUCCCUGAGCUCGUUGAGAGCGGCAUCCGUCUGCUCAUCUACGCCGGCGACGCGGACAUGGCUUGCAACUACGUCGGCAACGAGCGUUGGCUGGAGUCCCUCGAGUCCAAGUUCCAGACCGAGUUCGUCAAGACCACCAAGCAGCCCUGGGUGACGCUCAGCAAGGGCGGCUUCUCUGGCUGGGUCCGCUCCGCUGGUGGCGAUGGUUUCACCGCGGGCAACGUCACCUACGUGCAGGUCCACGCUGCUGGCCACAUGGUCCCCUUCGACCAGCCCGAGGCGUCGCUCGACCUCAUCUCCCGCUGGCUCGCCGAUGUCCCGCUCACCCUCAACGCCGCGGCCAUGGCGGCGGAGAUGGACAUGCCCCUCAGCGGUAUCUGA